CAAAUUAUUGAAGAAGUGAGUAGAUAUUUCCUUUGUAGCACCGAUAGAUCAGUUGUCGAUCCUUGGAGAUGGAGAUGAAGAUGUAUCUCAUCCCAGCUGGACAUAUGUUUUGUGUCUGAAAGGAAACAUUCUGUUUUAACUCAGUGAAAUCCGCUGGAACUGGGGUGCUGAGAACACACCAGCGUUUGUUCACCAGAGAUCAGUUCAUCAGCUGCAAUGAUUUUACAAGGGAUUCACUAUGACUAACAUCUGACUUGGUGAAUUGCCAGAUAAUUGAUAGCACGGAGAUAUCAUUCGCCUUCUCUCAGUGUGGGAAGAGGUUCACUCACUAAGCCAAUCCGCAGAUAAACCAGUGGGUUCACACUUUGGGUUCACAUCUUGAAGAUACAUCAGCAAGUUCACACUAUAGUGAGGUGGGUCACCUGUUCUGCGGGAAGCAAUUGAUUCUGUCAUCCAAACUGAAGAUUUCAGACUGGGGUGUCGGAGUUUGGAUUUCAGUUAAGACACGGUCUGUAAGGAGUUUGUACGUCUUUGCCGUGACCAGAUGGUUUUCCUCUGGGUGCUCUAGUUUCCUCUCACAGUCCAAGGACAUAUCGGAUAAUAGGUUAAUUGGUCAUUGUAAAUUGUCCUCUGACAGAGCUGGGUUAACAGGUGGAUUGCUGGAUGGAGCAGCUGAUUGGGCUGAAGAGGCCUGUUCCAUGCUGUAUCUCCAAAUAAAAUCAAAUAAAAUCCACACCAGUGAGAGGCCGUUCACCUGCUCCUUGUGAGAAGAGAUUGACUCACUCAGCCCAUUCGCAGACACAUCAGUGAGUUCAACAGGAAGGGAGACUAUUAGCGUGUGGACAGGGAUUCACUAAUUCAUCCCACAUGAUGAAACACCAGCGAGUUCACACUGGGGAGAGACCAUUCACCUGCUCUGAAUGUGGGAAGGGAUUUACUGAGUCGUUUAACUUACUGGUACACCAACGAGUUCACACUGGGGAGAGACCGUUCAUUUGCACUGAGUGUGGGAAGGGAUUUACUCGGUCGACUAUGUUACUGGCACACCAGCAAAUUCACACUGGGGAGAGACCGUUCACCUGUUCUGAAUGUGGCAAGGGAUUUACCCGGUUAUCCCACUUACAGAUACACCAGUGAGUUCACACUGGGGAGAGGCCGUUCACCUGCUCUGAAUGUGCAAAGAGAUUCACUCAGUCAUCGAGCCUUGUGACCCACUACCAAGUUCACACUCGGGAAAGUGUUUAAAUAAGCAGCCUGCUGGAUAUUUAACCCUCAUAGUUUCUUAGUCCGGAGACAAGUUCAAAAGUGACUGUUGCUGUCAGACUGUAAUUAUUGCUGCUCUCACCAAACCAGUUCUGCACCCUAGUGACUGGGCAUUGGAGUUGUUUCUUAUGCUGAUGUAAUAGGAGUUUAGUAUUCUGGAUCUGUGACAAAUAAAUGAGUUUUAUUUUAAACACUGUGUCAGGUACAUAAUUCAUCUACAAGACACCCAGAGUACAGUUCGGAAUUAAUUCAAUCCAGCUGGUGCCUAUCUGUGUUUCUUUUCCGUGAGUUUUCUUUCAAAUCCA